AUAUCUACCAGUUUAUAACUACACGUGAUGACUAUCAACCAAGUGGCUACACGGAGCUCUCGACAAAUGGGGGAAGAAAUGGCGUCCAAGAUUGAAGAGGGCUCCGAUAGAGGUACAGAUGGAGUUGCUGGAACGCCUAAAGAAGCAGCUCUUCGAGAGCUCAUGAAUAGAACGAAAUAUCCGAUUCGGCAGUUCAACGGGCAACGAAGAUAUGGACCUCCACCGAGUUGGGAUGCACCACCCCCUCCACGUGGAUGUGAAGUUUUUGUAGGCAAAGUUCCUCGUGAUUUGUACGAAGAUGAAUUGGUUCCAGUAUUUGAAACUUUUGGCAAAAUCUACGAGGUCCGACUCAUGAUGGAUUUUAACGGACAAAAUCGCGGAUACGCUUUCGUUGUUUACACUAACAAGGAAGACGCCAAGAAAAGUGUCAAGGCUUUGAACAAUUACGAAAUUCGCAAAGGGAAAUGUAUUGGAGUUUGUAGCUCGGUAGACAAUUGCCGGCUUUUUGUCGGAGGUAUUCCCAAGAAGGUUAAGAAGGACGAGAUCAUGAACGAAAUGAUGAAAGUUACAGAAAGCGUUGUGGACGUAAUUGUUUACCCUUCGGCGCAGGACAAGACGAAGAACCGAGGGUUUGCUUUCGUCGAGUACAGCUCGCAUCGCGACGCUGCUAUGGCCAGGAGAAAACUCAUGACGGGUAAAAUACAGCUCUGGGGACAUCAAAUCGCCGUUGAUUGGGCUGAGCCAGAGCAAGAAGUUGACGAAGAAAUUAUGGAUCAGGUGAAAGUUCUCUACGCCCGAAAUCUCCUAUUAAGCACGACGGAAGACACGAUAGAACAAGUUUUCAGCAAAUUUGGCGAUGUUGAACGAGUUAAGAAGAUCAAAGAUUACAGUUUUAUUCACUUUCGAACGAAGGAACAAGCCAGAGCAGCUCUGGAGGCAAUGAACGGUGAAGAAUUGGAUGGAAAUGAAAUUGAAGUAACCCUUGCCAAGCCUGUGGAUAAGGACCAUCGCCAAGCCAAAGCAGCGGCAAAAGCAAUCAUGACGGCAACAACAUACCCCAGCUUAGCUCCAUAUGAGUACUCGGCAAGCACGGUACCUGGAUAUGGUUUCCCAGCUUAUGGUAGUCAGUACUUUAUGUAUGGAGCUCCCAUGACAACAGGAGUGGGAGGUGUGAGGCCUCCUUUUGGAAUGGUAAGAGCAAGAGGACGAGGACGUUCAGCUGCUGGUAGCAGGGCAGCAGGAAAUAAGGGAGUGUAUUUACCUUCUCCAGGUGGAUAUUCAUUCAAUGGUUUUAGGAGCUACUACCCAGCAGUGCGAGGAGGCUGGUAUGGGGAUGGUUACAACAAACGAGGAGGAAGACAGGAGGAACGUAUGUUUGAUCUGGUGCCGGGAAUGGAGUUGACACCCACUAACCCCAUGACAUUGAAGCCACAUGCCCUGAAAUCACCAGCUCAGGUUCUAGAAGAUGUGUGUCAGAAGAACCAGUGGGGUAGCCCUGUGUACACAUUGCACAGUACUGUGGGACCACAGGACAUCCAGCUUUUCCUUCACAAGGUAUCCAUUCCAGGAUUGGCUACUCAAUAUCAGCCUCCUAAGCUGUGCCGCACAGUAGAAGAGGCCAAGAGCUAUGCUGCUGAGUACACACUUCAGCAGCUUGGUGUGCCAAUAGAGGUAGUGACUACCACAGCAGCAACGGAUAUCCCACCCACUACUGGAACCCCAGUUCCGUCUACAGCAGCGUAUGCAGCCCGUCCUUUACCCCCAGGGGCAUACAGCCUCCCGAAUUCUGGCCGUCCAAUCAGUAGCGUAGAUGGAGGUUCUUAUCCUUCUGGCUAUGUACCCAUCAGUAAUGCCCCUACCAGUGUGGCACCGCCAGCAGUCGUUGCCAAGAUGCAGGGGUCAUGGCCGGGAGGGGUACCUCCUACUCAAGAUGGAGGAAUGUAUGGAGGUUAUGAUGGAUACCCAACCAGUGAACAAGGAGGCUAUCCGCAAAACAUUUACCCACAGUACUAGGUGCUUCAAUUUGUUAAGAUAAAUAAUCACGUAUAUGUUAUUAGGAAGCAAAAUAUGCACAGGGUACAUGUACUUUGUCAAGAAUUCUAAGAAUUUUGGGUCAGUCAAGUGUCUGAUCAUAUGAGAGAUCAAGAGGCAUUUUGUUUUCUCUGCAAUGGGUUGCAUUCUCCAGAACGUGAUUCUUGGUCUGGUUUGGAAGCUAGAUGUAUCUUGUGCAUCUUUUGUCUUUGCCUAAAUGGGAGUGGGUGGAGGCAUGAAUUUGUUCUUUGAACAAUGUGUAUGGCUAAAUGUCAAGUUGAAAAACUGGGAACGCCAGGAAUAUUUCUGGGUUGCUCUCAUUUCAAGAUUAACAAGCCAACCAGACACAAGAUUACAAAACUGUAAUUAGUGUAUGGUUUUGGGUUUCCUUUUGUGUAAUGAUUGCAAAUGUGAUUGGUCAUGGCACAAGAAAUGUUCCAGAAAUAUUUCAGUGGUUUACAGUUUUUAAACUUUAUUGGUAAUGUUAUGUUCUUCUUUGCUGAUGUUAUGUCAUAUGUACACGUAGAAUGUUUCCUGUAGGUUAAUGUGAUCAGGCCUUUUUUUUUGUCAUCUUGGGGUGAAUCGGUAGUAGUAUGUUGGAAUCAAAUUGAAGCUGUUUACAGUAAAAAAAAACAGCUAUGUCAGCUUAUUAUUUUGUCUGAUUAUUACUAGCUUUAUGAUCUGUUUUGUAAAAAAGUGCUUUUGCAUUGCUCAAGAUCAUGGUUUUACAGAAUUUUAAGAAGAAUUUCCAAGAGUCAAACAAAACGUAUUUCAAUAUUAUAAAUUUAUUCGUACUUGCGUCCUGUUUGCUAUUUUAUUGUCUUGUUUCUAUAUCCAUUUUAAGUCGUUUCAAGAACAGAAAGAGAGAGAGAGAGAGAGAGAAAGAAAAAGAAAGAAAAAUUUUAGUUUAUAUUUUUGUUAGAGAAACUCAGAUAUUUAUAGACAAACACAAGGCUCGUUGUUGGUUAUUAUUAUAUGGAACUAAAAUUGCCUGUCAGAUAGCUGGUGUAAAUACUAAAACUAUUCUGCCACACAUGUUGCCACAUACUGCAGGGAUAUUGUGCGAGUGCUCUUGUCCGAGUUAAAAGUGAAAUUAAAAAUUUUUGAGGCCUGUAACUGUUGAGAUCUUUUUUCUGUUAAAAUGACGGUCGUUUGAAGCUUUCUGUCGGAGUGUAAGCGAUGAAUUUAAAGGUGUAGGCAAACUGAAAGUAUUCAUAGAAUAUGAUUUGAAAUCCAAUCCUGUCGUGAGAGAAAUGACGGACAACACUCUAGCACAAUAUUGUGUACAAUUUUACACAAUGUAUCGUUCAUCAAAGCACUGUAUAUUUUCACUUCAAGGUACCCUGUCAUUUCGUGUACAGUUGAACGAACGAACGAAUCAUAUCUUAUCUUAAUCCGCUUGGAGCUUCCUUGAUUCUGAACAAGAGGUGAAAAGGAGGGCUCAAGGAAAUCGAGUGUAGAUCCUAAUUACGAAGAACUCAACGUUAGCAGCCCAGGUUAAACACGUACGGAUCUUAAAUUCACUGUCAAUGUAGCCCGGAUCACUCGACAGAGGGCAACAAAAGCGGUUAGUUUCUUAGUCAGUUGCUGAAAGAAAAGUUAAAUUGAAAGAUUUUUUCGAGCCUUCUGAGACCCUCUUGUUCUUCGAGAUUGCAAGGGUUGAUCGAUUCUGGUGUCAAAUCUACUUUGUUUAUAGGACGAUUAUUCUGAUAUUGCUGAAGGAAAUCGGCGAUAAAAUUCACCAGAGAUAAGAUCGGAAUUGGGAAGUAUAAAAGCUUUAUUUCGCGUGACAAAUUCAAGUUCCAUUAAAAAAACCAACACAUGCUGGUCUAUUUACAAUUUUCCAAGCGGUGCCGAAUCACUGAGCCUGAUUUUCGUACGAUGUAGCGUAGGAUAGUGAGUAGUACAUUUAUUCUAUCAAUUAGGUGAUAUAACGCUUGAUUUCUUGAUAUGAGUUAAUGUUAGGAAGUAAAUUUGAUGGGAAGAGGGCGAGUACUUGAUAAGAGAGGAGAAACUCACACCAAAUUUUUUUUCCUGUAGUUUUGUUAGUUUGUAAUUUGUUUUUUUCAAGUCUUGUUCAAUUAUUAUUGUCCAUGUUUUUUAAACCACCGAGGCUUUCAUUCCAAAAGGCAGUUUCCUUUUUAUGUUACGUGGACCCUAGCCUUUAGUCUGGAACUUUAGUAGUGAAAUUUAAUGUUACUGAACUAGUUUUAUUUCCGUCGUAACUUGUUGCUCGAUAUGCCCAAUUUCUUUUUUGUCCUUAAGGUUUCAGCUUCCAGAAAGAUAUCUUUUUUUCCUUACGAUUCUUUUCAUGUUUCAUUUUGUCAGUUGUGCUUUUUUUUUUCGCACCGUCAGGGAUUUGUGAGUUUCGCUCCACUCUGAUGAGUAUGCAUUUAGGAAGGCAACCUUCAUGGGAGGGCAGAUGAAUAACUGAGUUAGCUGCUCUAGAGAAGCUUGGCGAGUGAUGUCAACAAUAAUUGCCACCAAGGCUAGAGUUAUUUCACUGCAGGAUUGGGAAGUUGAAUGAAAUUAAAACAGAUCAUGAGUAAUACGUAGAGAAAUAGUUAUUAAUGUAGUACAAUUAGAGAGCAAAUGACGGUACAAUAAGCCACUAAUAAAAUUCUACAUAUGGUACCGUG